AUGGCUCGGAGGUCCACGAUCCGAGCGUUCGUCGGUCUUGCCCUCGCGCUUACCGCGUCGGCACUCGUGAUCGAUCCCACAGACCCCUCGUCCCUAGGGCAACUGGAGGCGAUGCAGGAGCUGAAGCUCGGCUUCGAGGGGAGCAAGCCCUCUGCGCUCGCCACGUGGACCACCAGCGACCCCUGUGACGGCACGUGGGUCGGCGUCACGUGCGCGCGGCCCGGCGUCAUCACUAGACUCGAUUUGUGCGACAUGGGCAUCGCAGGCGCGUUGUCGCCGUUCAUCGGCAACCUCACGGGGCUGCUGCAGCUGCGGCUGUGCAACAACCAGAUCGCCGGACAGAUCCCUCCCGAGCUCGGCAAGCUGUACUCGGUACAAGAAGUCGAGCUACAGAACAAUAAAUUCACGGGCGAGCUGCCUACCGAGUUGGGCGGCAUGGCGACGUGCACGCACCUUUACCUCUUCGGAAACAAUCUCUCCGGCGCCAUCCCUGCCGCUCUUAAAGCCGUCACUUACCUCAAGCUGGGUCCUGGAAAUCGUUUUUGCAGCACGGUUCCCGGCUCGCUGUGCGCUGGCGCGUCGGCGGAGCCGCUCCCCGCAACUCCCGCUCCGGUGGAGGACCCCGCGGAUGAGGCGGGAAGCCUCCCUCCGCUGAUCACCGCGCCGCUCCCCAACUGUCCGCCGUGUGCGGGGGACGAUCUGCCCGGGCUCGAGGACGGGUGCACGUGCGCCAAGCCGUCGCUGCUCAAGAUUCGUUUCAAGGACCUGGACUUCGCGGCUUAUAACGCGAAUCAGGAGGACGUGCUGCUCGGCGAGCUGUCCCGCGCGCUGCAGCUGGAGCCACGUCAGCUGAUGGUGAUCGGGCGCGAGCCGGGCAGCGUGAUCCUGUACCUGGCGGUGCUGCCCGUGAACGGGUCGGCGCUGGACGCGCGGCAGGAGGCGAAGAUAGUGGACGCCGUCACGGGCCACCGCGUGAUUCUAUCCAAGGCCUUCAAAGACUACGAAGUGCUCGGAGCGCCCGGCCUCGCGUUCAAGCCGUCGCAAGAGUCGCAGAACGCCGACGCCGAGUCGUCUUCCGCGUCUUCCGGCGCAUCUUCCGGCCUCAGCACCGGAGCCAUCAUCGGCAUCGUUGUCGCGUCGCUCGCGGCCGCGCUGGUUAUCGCGGCGCUCUUCUGCCAGCUGCUGACGUGGCGCCGCGACAGGAACGCCGCGCGCCGAGCUGACGUGGAGAACUCGCGGAUGGCCAAGGUGCUGACGGGUAGCAUCGAGGCGCCGUACAGGCCGCACGGGAAGAACUCCAUCUGGGGAAGGUGGGAUUUGCCACGUGGCAGCCCCUUUCCGCCCGUCAAGCCGUCGAUCUCAGGAGGGAACUCGUUUAACGAGCCCGCGCUCUCCUUCCGCAGCGGCAUCCCCGGCACCCCCGCCGGGGCGCACGCGAAUGGCUGCGGCGACAGCGUCGCGGGAACGCCGCGCGACACGCCCGGAGUGUCGGAGCGAAGCUUCGCGUUCCAAGGCGCGAGCUCGCCCACCUCCCCCUCGAACACCGCCGGAUUGUGCGGCGGCGACAACGGCGACGACCCGCGGACUCCGGAAAUCGGGACGACGCGGACGGUGGGCGACGCGGAGGGCGGAGGCACCCCUCAGGAGGUGAUGGAGAUUAAAAAAAUCGGUCUCAAGGAUAUCCACGCGGCGACGCAGGGGUAUUCGAAGGCGAACUUGAUCGGCGACCGCGGGCACGGGCGCAUGUACAAGGCGGACUUCUCGAGCAAGGCGCGCGUGCAGAUGGCGGUGCUGCUCGAGCUCUCCGGGGAGAAGCUCGACGAGGCGGAAUUCGCGGCGGCGGUCAAGGCGCUGGGGGACCUGUGCGUGCAGUCGAACCGCCUCGUGGCGAUCAUGGCGUAUUGCGCGGAUAAGGGCCAGCGGUGGGUGGCCUAUGAGUAUCUGCCAGGUGGCAGCCUCAAGGACCACCUGCACGGGGACCUGCGCUUCGAGCGCGCGCUGACGUGGCAGAAGCGCGUGCAGAUCGCGGUCGACGUGGCCGCGGCACUGGAGUUUUUACAUGAACAGUGCGAGCCGCUCGUGAUUCACCGCGACGUGUCGGCCGACAACGUGGUGCUGGACGGCGAGCUGCGCGCGAAGAUUAAAGACGUCGGCAUCCACACGCUCGUGCGCGAUUGGUCGGAGGGCCGCGCCGUGUCGCCGUCCGUGCUGGGGUCCAUGGGGUACCAGGCGCCCGAGUUCCGCGUGAGCGGCGAGCAGACGGCGCGGUCCGACGUGUUCAGCUUCGGCGUGGUGCUGCUGGAGCUGCUGACCGGCCGGAAGCCCGUUGACUCGUCGCGACCCAAGGGGCAGCAGUCGCUGCUGACGUGGGUGCUGCCGCACCUGGAGAACAGGCUCGCCGUGACGAGCCUGGUGGACCCGUACCUGCGGCUCAACUCGACGCUCGACCCCAAGUCGCUGCACCUGUUCGCGCUGGUGGCUGCGCACUGCCUGCAGCACGAGCCCGAGGACCGCCCGCGCAUGGCGGAGGUGCACAGCCAGCUGCAGCACCUGCUGCUCUCGCUCUCCCCCGACGGCCUCCCCUCCCCCAUCUCCCCCAACGCGGCCUCCGCCUCCCCCCUCUCUCCCGCCUCCCCCGCCUCCCCCAUGUCCCCCAUCCCCAACCUCACCGCCGCGUCCCCCUGCACCCACGCUCCGAGCCCUGAUGCGGAGAACGAGAGCUGCUCGGUGGCGGAUUCAGGCACCACGAGUGGCACGCACGUGUCACACUCAGCACGGCGCUACGACCAGAAACGCUGGGUGCAGGUUACCCCCGGCCCAAACACUGCCGUGAAGACCCACGCUAGUGCCGUGACUCCCGCUGCUGAUGCCGCUGCUGGUGUGGCGAAUGUGCGCUCACCACUUGCGCCGGUGAUCAACCUGUGA